AGAUUUUCAGUACGAGUAAAUGAARGAGGGAACGGAACAAAUAUCCUUGAUAGUAAAAUAAAGAGAAGAUUAUGUUUGAAGUCGAGAGUUUUUUACAUAUUCAAACUUUCAAAAUGACACGGUGAUGCAUGUCGGAUAUACAUAUUCAACAUGCCGAGCGUAAUUUAUAAUACAAGGGUGUUCAAGAUAGGACUAUUGUUCAUUCUUUCUUGGGGGUUUGUCAGCGCUGUGGAGCAUGUUCUUGGUGUUUCAGAAACAACUACGACGGCUACGACCAAUCAUAUUGCGAAGAGUGCUUCGGGUGACACGGCACCGCUUCGUUUCUUUGCCAAAGACCACACCGAUGCGCUGCCUCUGGACCUGCAGAUAGAACCCAAUGCUACCGAGGCAGAAAGUGCAAUCGCAAGCAGACGGGCCACGCCAGCAAGUUUCGGUAUUGAAGGGAAAGUUGUCCCAGAAGAGGACGAUCGCCCGCCACUGAAAGCUGACACUGCCAGUGGAAACCAGAACGCCUACUCGGCGACGACAAAAACUACGAUGCUACUUCUUCUUGGAUGCACCGCUCAACAAUUGCUGCUGUGAUGGUGUCGCGUUGGUGUGCUAAGCAGAACUCUCUGACGCGAACGCACGAUGAUCCGUAGAUUGACCGGGCCACGACCACUGAACCGCAAUCUGUAGGUUUAGACCUUUUCUGACACUGGUGUGUUUCGUCAGUCCCUAUUCAAUGUUGAUGAUAUUGUAUUGUCCGCCACGACGCAAUGUGGAUACAAUAGUACUGCUACUAAUUCUGUAUUACCCCCUUCCUGAAAACAUCGUCCGCUUUGGUUUUGAUCGAAAGUACAAUAAAGUACGAAAUACUACUAACUAGUACUGUACUGUAGUGUAAUAAUAAGACGUUACAGUA